CUUGUGAGUCUCAGCUGCUCUGGCAUGGACAGUGUGGUACAGCCUUCAGUGUUUGUGGUGGAUGGACAGACGGACAUCCCAUUCAGGCGGUUGGGACAGAAGAGUCGCAGGAGAAGGCACUGCAGCAUUGCCCAAGUAAGCCUUGUGCUGAUAUUGCUGCUGAGUGCUGGGUUGGCCACUCAAGGCUGGUUCCUACUGAGACUGCAUCAGCGUCUUGGGGACUUAGUGACUCGUCUGCCGGAUGGAGACACAGGCUCCUGGGAGAAGCUGAUACAAGAUCGGCGGUCUCACCAGCCCAACCCAGCAGCACAUCUUACAGGGGCCAACGCCAGCUUGAUAGGCAUGGGUGGACCUCUGCUAUGGGAGACACGACUUGGCCUGGCCUUCCUGAGAGGCCUGACCUAUCAUAAUGGGGCCCUGGUGACCACGGAGGCCGGCUACUACUAUGUGUACUCCAAAGUGCAGUUGAGCGGCGUGGGCUGCCCUCCAGGGCUGGCCAGUGGCCUCCCCAUUACCCAUGGGCUGUACAAGCGCACAUCGCGCUACCCCAAGGAGCUGGAACUGCUGGUGAGCCGGCGGUCACCCUGCAGCAGGGCCAACAGCUCCCGAGUCUGGUGGGACAGCAGCUUCCUGGGCGGCGUGGUACAUCUGGAGGCUGGGGAGGAGGUGGUGGUCCGUGUGCCUGGGAACCGCCUGGUCAGACCCCGAGAUGGCACCAGGUCCUAUUUCGGAGCAUUCAUGGUCUGAAGACUGUAAUGACAAUGGAUUACAUGGAGUGUCCUCUCCAGGACAGACCUCAAACCAGCAA